UUAAUAGAGCAAGUUACGAGGAGAAACUAGCUCUCACCAGAUCCGAGACAGGUGCAUGGGAUCAGCAAGAGCUGGUAAAAUGAGAGUUGCAGUGGUCGGGUCCGGAGUGGCAGGCCUGACUGCUGCUCGGACUCUAGCUCAGUCAGGUGCCAACGUCGUCCUCUACGAGAAAGACAGCCACAUUGGCGGCCACGCCAACACUCUGCACGUGGAUGGCGUCGCCCUCGACAUUGGAUUCAUGGUCUUCAACCAGGUGACGUACCCGAACAUGGUGGCGUUCUUCGAUGAAAUCGGGGUGGAGAUGGAGAAGUCGGACAUGUCGUUCGCGGUGAGCCUGGACGGCGGCAAGGGCUGCGAGUGGGGCAGCACGAGCGUCGCGGGCCUGUUCGCGCAGCGAUCGAAUGCCGUGAACCCGUUCUUCUGGAACAUGAUCCGCGAGAUGCUCAAAUUCAAGGCCGACGUUCUCGCAUUUCUAGCGAGAAUCGAGAGCGGCGACCCGGGCAUCGACGAGGCUACGACUCUCGCCGACUUUCUCACCUCGCACGGAUACUCGCAGAAGUUCAAGGAAUGCUACCUGAUUCCGGUGUGCGCAUCGAUUUGGUCCUGCUCGUCACUCACAGUCCUGGGCUUUUCGGCCGUCUCGAUUCUCACUUUCUGCCGAAACCACCACUUGUUACAGUUCUUCGGGCGGCCGCAGUGGAUCACGGUGAAAGGCCGGUCCGAAACCUAUGUGAGCAAGGUUGUAGAUGAGCUUCAGGAGAGAGGAGCUGAGAUCAGGGCCGCUACCGCCGUCACUCGCAUAGAAUCUCUCGAUGACGGACGCGUGCGCGUGGAGGAUGAACGAGGUGGAAAUGAAAUAUUUGACGAAUGCAUCGUGGCUGCACAUGCUCCUGACGCGUUGGAAAUGCGGGGCGAAUAUGCCACUUCGAACGAGAAGAAGAUUCUGGGAGCCUUUCAAUAUGCUUACAGUGAUAUUUACGUACACCGGGACGCGAAUUUCAUGCCCCGCAACAAGGCUGCCUGGGCUGCUUGGAAUUUCCUCGGUGAUGUCAACAAUCGGUGUUGUGUGACUUACUGGCUGAAUUUGCUACAGAACUUGGGAGACACAGGUUUGCCUUUUCUGGUCACCCUGAAUCCGGCCAAGAAACCUGAACGAGUGGUCAGUCUCUGGAGAACGAGUCAUCCUAUUCCAUCACCAGAGGCCGCCGAUGCCUCCAAGCGCCUUGGUUCUAUCCAAGGUCAUCGUGGAGUGUGGUACUGUGGGGCUUAUCAAGGCUAUGGAUUUCACGAAGAUGGGUUCAAGGCUGGGUUAGUUGCCGCAAAACAGCUUCUGGGUCAGAAAGCAAAAGUGCUUCGGAAUGUUAAACAGAUGGUGCCUUCUUGGACGGAGUAUAGUGCCCAGCAAGCAGUUGUGGCCGUCUUGCACAAAUUCAUACGCACUGGGCAGCUUCAGAUAUUGGAAGCUGGUGGUUUGAUUCAUGACUUCAUGGGCAGUAAAAAGGAUUGCAGCUUGAAAGUUUCUAUACGUGUCAAUAGCCCGCAGUUCUACUGGAAGAUUGCUACUAGAGCAGAUAUUGGUCUUGCAGAUGCAUACGUAGAUGGCGACUUCUCAAUUGUAGGAGACAAAAAUGGGCUUCUCCACUUCUUACAGCUGAUUAUCGCCAAUCGAGAUAUAAACCGAUCUGAAUUCGUGAAGCAAACAAGGGGAUGGUGGAAUCCAGUUUUUGUGACCGCAUCUGUCGGAGGAGCUGUUUCGUUUCUUAGACACAAAUUGCGUGGAAAUUCGCUCACUAAUGCUCGUAGAAACAUAUCCAGACAUUAUGAUCUGAGUAAUGAGCUUUUUGCUCUUUUCCUCGAUGACACCAUGACGUACUCCACAGCCAUCUUCAAGGGACCCAAUGACACGCUAAAGGAUGCGCAGCUUCGCAAGCUACAUUUGAUGAUCCAAAAAGCAAAAAUAGAACCUCAUCAUGAGGUAUUAGAAAUAGGAUUUGGGUGGGGAAGUAUGGCUAUCGAACUGGUCCGGCGUACUGGAUGCAACUACACAGGAAUCACGCUAUCAAAAGAGCAGUUGGCCUUCGCGAAAGAUCGUGUUAAGCAGGAGGGUCUUGAGGAUAAAAUUAUUUUCAAACUCUGUGAUUAUCGAUCUUUAGAAGGCCAUCACAAGUUUAAUCGGAUUAUCUCCUGUGAAAUGCUGGAGGCGGUAGGACAUGAGUAUUACAAGGAAUUUUUCUCGAGAUGUGACUACCUGCUAGCCAAAGAUGGACUUAUGGUUCUACAAUUUGCAAUCAUCCCCGACGAGAGAUACGACGAAUAUCUCAAGAGCUCCGAUUUCAUUAAAGAGUACAUAUUCCCUGGUGGUAGUCUACCUUGUAUCAGUGCUCUUACCUCUGCCAUGGCUGCUGGAUCGACACUGAGUCUGGAGCAUUUAGAGAACAUUGGCCUCCAUUACUUCCAGACACUGAUGUGUUGGCGAGAGAACUUCCUCGCGAAGGCCAGUGAAUGUAGAAAGCUCGGUUUCAAUGAUAAAUUUAUUCGAAUGUGGGAUUAUUACUUCAUCUACUGCGCGGCUGGAUUCCAAACCUGUACCUUAGGCAACUUACAGCUGGUCCUUUCACGGCCCGGGAACGUGGCAGCACUUGGAAACCCUUACGUUAGCUUUCCUAUGGGCCUGGCAUCUGAUUCCUCCUUGGAAGCCUUUUUAGAAUGUAGAAAGAAAUUGUGAACCGUAGAAAUGUAAUUACCAUCGUACGUGGACUUUACCUUGUAAAAUAAAAGUUUCUGUCGUUGCAGCACAUAUCGUGGUGUAAAGAGUCAAAUUAUCACUUGCCUCUGUAUGAACACUAGUGACAAGAUCGUCUGUGAAGUAUCCGAA